GUUGUGCAGUUCGACUGCUGUUGCUGCUCUCUCUCUCUCUCUCUCUCUCUCUUUUCCUUCCUCUCUUGCUUUUACUCUCUUGCACUGCUGAGGCGCUUAGCGAUCGCACGCACACAGAGGGGCACGCGCAGGGGCUCGCUCACGUUAACCAAUAAACACAUCUACAUGCAGUGGAGCAGCAAGGAGCCCGACACAUGUUAGCUUAGGAUAUACGCGCUCUCUCGCGCGGUCGCUCUCUCUCUCUCGCUCUCUCUCUUGCUCUCUCUCUCUCUUACACACACACACACACUCUUUCGUGCUCUCUCUUUUUCUGAGAAUGGUCCGGCUGGUGCCUGGGGCUCUGCUGUCGCGGCCUGCUGCCUGCAUCUGAUCACGAGCUCGCACACACGCGUACACACACGCACACACGCACAGAGCUGGCUCACAGGGAAGCACAAUGUGAGAGGUGGGUACUGAAGGUAGUGCCCUCUCUUGCUGCAGCUUGGACCCGCUUAUAGUGCCAGUCCCUGCUUUUUGCAAGCUUGCUACCCAAACAAGGCCUGGAUCUUCAGCCGGUGACCUCUGACCCCUGAUCCUGCAAACCCCUGCCACCUCUGCAGACCUCAGACCUACCACGUGCACAACCUUCCACACAACUGCAGUACCCCAGGAGCUGCCAAGUGCCAGUGGGAUUGCUUGGAGUUGGAACGUUUUUUCACAAUUGGAGCUUUCUUUGCAUGUGUGCGCGUGUGUGUGUGCGUGAAAAAAAAAGAGAAAAAAAACCCCCAGCCUGAAGUAAAAAGUUUUUAUUUUCUGCUGCCUGGGAAUUCUCUGCGAUUCUGUCACACCCUUGACCCCCACACACUCUCUGUUGUGGAAUAGGCUUCAUGUUGACUGUUUGAAAAAGAGAAGCAAAGAAAGACUUCCUGUUAUACGUAGGACACUCAGCAGAUCCUCCUGACCUUGAACUUACACACACAUAUACACAUACACAAGUUUGUGCUUGCCAUGGCAAUGAACAUGGCACACAUUCGCGACCCAAAAUGGCUGACACUGGAGGUGUGCCGUGAGUUCCAGAGGGGCACGUGCUCGCGCUCAGACGCUGAGUGCAAAUUCGCCCAUCCAGCCAAGAGCUGCCAGGUGGAGAACGGCCGAGUAAUCGCCUGCUUCGACUCGCUCAAGGGACGCUGUUCCAGAGAGAACUGUAAGUACCUGCACCCGCCUCCCCACCUGAAGACGCAGUUGGAGAUAAAUGGCCGUAACAACCUGAUCCAGCAGAAGAACAUGGCCAUGCUCGCUCAGCAGAUGCAGAUCGCCAAUGCCAUCAUGCCUGGCAGCCAGCUUCAGCCAAUGCCUUUUAUCUCUGUCACGCCAAACUUAGCCACCAAUGCCGGUGCGGCAGCGGCAGCAGCUGCAGCAGCAGCAGCUUCAUUUAACCCAUACCUGAGUCCCGUAUCGCCAGCACUAGUGCCCACUGCUGCUGACAUCCUGCCCACCACACCAGUCUUGAUCAGUGGAAAUCCUGCUGCUGUGGCACCUGUAACCUCCACAGCCAACACAGCUGCCCAGAAACUACUGCGCACUGACCGCCUGGAGGUGUGUCGUGAGUACCAGCGUGGUAAUUGCUCUCGUGGCGAGACAGACUGCAGAUUUGCUCACCCGGCUGACAGCACCAUGAUCGACUCCAGCGAGAACACCGUCACUGUGUGUAUGGACUACAUCAAGGGUCGCUGCUCACGGGACAAAUGCAAAUAUUUCCAUCCUCCUGCACACCUGCAGGCCAAGAUCAAAGCAGCACAGCACCAGGUGAACCAGGCCACAGCCACCGCGGCCAUGACGGCUGUCAAAUCACUGAAGCGACCCCUCGAGGCCACCUUUGACCUGCAGGGCCUUCCUCAUAGCGUAAUUCCUCCUUUGCCAAAGAGACCAGCCCUCGAGAAAACCAACGGUGCCACCACCAUGUUCAAUGCCAGCAUGCUACAGUACCAACAGGCGCUGGCCAACAUGCAGUUUCAGCAGCAGGCCGCAUUUAUUCCUUCAGGCUCAAUAUUGUGCAUGACUCCUGCAGCGAGUGUGGUACCCAUGAUGCACGGCGCUUCACCGGCCGCUGUGUCCGCAGCAACCACGCCCGCCACUACUGUUCCCUUCGCAUCCGCAACAGCCAAUCAGGACUCUUCUCUAUCAAAGCUGACUACCAACGAAUACAUGCAAUUGAUUCCAAUAAUAUCUGCAGAACAUCUGACUAGCCACAAGUAUUUGACUCAGAUGUAGUCAGAGGCCAGACCAAUCAAAUGAAUCUGCUCAUCUGUUACAUGGGACAGACAAACAAUUUAAGGCCAACAAAUAUUCACAUUUCAUUCACAUCAUUAGAGCCCUUGGGGUAUCAUUAGUUCACUAUUAUAAUAUUUCAAGGACUAGUCCAUGACAUACCAAUAUGCAGUGCCCUUAGAAGUGAUGUGCAGAGCUUGAAAGAAAUUGAUGUACAUAAGAUGAGUUUAUGCACUUAGAAACACUUGGAUAGAAAUAUUCUGUUAGUACCAAGUCUAACAAUUUAGAGGUUAGAUAUGAUACCAACAGACCUGAUAACAAUAGACCAAAAGUUUUUUUUUUUUUAAAUUACCUCCCUUAGGUAUUUAAUUGAUGUUAUUUGUCAUUAACACUCUACCGAAGGUUAAAAUCAUAGAGCUGGUUGUUUUUCACACACACAUUAAGCCGAAGCGUAGAUAUUGAACACCAUGGCACUUAAAUUUCAUCCCAAACUGAAAUAUUACGACGAUCAUACUAUAAUAGCUAUAAUAAUAAAUUAUAAGGUCUUUUUUUUUUCUUUACAGUCAGCAAAGUGGUAAGACCACUCUAAAUUUUGUGCUUGGGUGUGGUGGGAACAUACAAAAGUGAAAGAGGUGUUUAUUCAGAUGGAGCAGAGAGAAGCAGGUCUGUUUUGCGUGCCUGUUAAACCAGGUACAGUUCACCUUCCAGUCUUAAUGAGAGUACAUUCAUUAGCCGCGUUAGUUUGGACAUGCCUACGUUGGUGAAUUGUAACGCCUCAUGCCAUAUUCAGUGCUCAUACGCCAAUGCCUGUUCAUUUAUAUUGAACUAUAAAUAAUUAUCAUUGGCUUUGUCGGAUUCAAACGUUCAGUUUUAGAUGUUUUCCUGAGAUGCGUUAAUUGUAACAUCAGGUGAAGCGUUACUGAUUUGACAAGGGUGGUUUACAAAAAAAUGUGAAAAUGCACCUUAAAUUUAAAGUCAAUUACAAUUCUUCAUGGCACAAUACAUCCAGCAAAAUGCAAGUGGUUUUUUGGCUGCAUGAAAAGUGCAGAUUUGCAGAGGAAGGAUCAGGAUUAAAGAAGACUAAUGAAUGUUUUUAUGUAAAACCAGAAUCCUUCUGACCUUUUAAAGCACAUCUUAGCUUUAAAUCAAUCUUCAAGAUAUAUAAUAGGCUACAAAUGGAAAGUGUUAUAUUGACAGUGUUAUUCUGUUUACCAGAGAUUGUUUUUAUACAUAAUUUCAUGUCUGUUUUUUUUUUCUAAUGAAUUUUUAUUAUUAUUUGUCUGUAAUACUCUUGAUGGCGUUUCCAUUCAGCCUUAGAUAGGCCUUUUCAACUUGCAUGAAAACAGGGUUGCCUUUUCCUUCCUGUUGCCAUAUAUAGAUUUUUAUUGCCUUGAAUGACGGAGUGGCUUUUUAUUCAUGAAAUGGAGAAUGGGUACCGGUGAUCAUCGCAUGUCUUUACAUUGUCAACAUAACUCAGACUCUUAGAGCAUGAUGUGAAGAGACUGUUUCUAGUCACGGAGCGGAGCAUAAAUGAGGGAGCUGCUUGAACCUGAUGGUCAGCUUAGUUUUGAUUUGUUUUGUAUAUGCGAAGACCAGAUAUGUAUUUGGUUCAGGUUUUCUUUUGUAUGGAUUUGGUGCCAUUUGUGUUGUAUGUUUAUGAUUCCUGAACUCAAACAGCUUUUAGCCUAUGUACAGCAAAAAAAAAAAAAAAGAGAGAGAGAGAUGAUAAUGUUGAACAUUCUGUUAAGUCGUGCCAAAGUUAUUUUUCUCGUUGUUUACUUGGUUUUCAUGGUCUAUACUAGUAGUGAACCUAGUUAAGAGAAAGCUACAUGAAGCUACUUCAUAUUUUCUGUUGUAAUUUCAGAGCAUAGUGAGACUGAAGUUCAGAAAUGUUAGGCUCCCAGUUGGUGUUAGAUCUAGAUCAGUGAAGCCUAUAUGUCUUAAGUCUAUUUUUGUGUACAGAGAUAUAUCAUUCAGGGUUGGGGUCAAUUCAAUUUACAAGGUUAAUGAGAUGAUUUAUGAAAGACUAUUUAAAAUGUAUUAGUAAAAGUUGUAAAAUGUAAUUCAGCUCAUCAGCUGUGGCAGUCGAAUGACCCAAAAUGGGAUUGAGCCCAACUCUAGUGCUAUUGCUGUUUCUUCACUGAGGCCUUAGAGUUCAGUUAGCGUUUUCACUCAGAUGUUCUUUCAGUCAUUCAUAUUGCUUAUGCAUAUUUUAUAUUUUAUUAAUCAUUUUAACACAUACUGCUCAGUCGUUUACUUCACCAGCUUCGAUAAAAUCAUAUUGAUCCAUACUGCAUGUUUACUUUAUGGAAUUUACUUAUUUUGUAUUUGGUAAUAUUUGCUUUUAGACUUGUUUUAGACUCUUGCUUUCUGGACUUGUAAAUGUAUUUCAUCCCCCAUUUUGCCCCUCUCCAUCCCUCCGUCUAUAUCAUUCUUAUUAAUUAAUGUUUAGUGAUUUUAGUUUUUGUUGUACAUUUUACUUUUUUUUUGAAGAUUUAUGUUCAAAUGUUUUGACAUUCUUUUUUAAAUUUGAUAUUGAUUGUCUUUUGUUUUGAUAUUAAUUUUGAAAAAAUAGUUGAUUUGAAAUGAACCAGUAUGACAUUUCUUAAUUUAACAAAUUUAAUUUGUAGGUAACAAAUCAAGAACUCUUUUUUGUUUACUUAUGGAGCAUAUGUGGAGAGUAAAAAAUUAUUUUCUAUUUUAUCCAUGUUAAAACAUAAAAUUGUAUUUUGAUAUUUAAAAAAACAUCCCUGAAUGUCAGGCCAAAAAAGUAUAUAUAAUACUGAAUAUUUAGAUGACGAUGUUGAUGGUGAUGAUAAGAGGAAAUCUUGUAGGGACUUUGGCUGCAAGUGAGAGAGCCAUGGCCCGAGGGAAAAAGGUUGAAUUUUGCACUUGUGUAUAUAGUCAAUAUAAAACAAGGAAAAGAAAACAUGUAUAAUAUUGAGAUCUUAUUUUGAAUAAUAAAAGAUUCUAUGAUAAAUUUUGUUAGGAUAAUUUAAGAAUUAAUAGAGUAAUAGACCAGCUAACUGAAUUUGCUUGCAGAAGUGGCUCAGCUCCUUUUAUUAUUACUUCAAAUCAUCGCUUAAAAAAAAAUGAAAAAGCUAAGCAUUGUUCCGCCUUAAUCAUGUGCGCUGCCUGUCAUUCAAAUCUCACUGCUGACAUUUUGGCAAGUUUUCACACCACUUGUGUGACAUGCAGUAAAAGCAGACACUUUUUCUAUGACAAAUUUACCAAAGUAGAUCAUAAUGAGGUAAAACCAGUGGACUGUAAUCAAGUCCAAAAACUCAAUAUUUGUUUUUAUUAAUGAUAUAUUUAUCAGACUGAUUGUCCAAAAUGACUGGAGAGAAAUUAUGCUUUGUUAAAUUUCUGAUAGAAAGACUCUAUAUUGUCUUACAAUAUUUAUUGCCUGUCAAACGUGAGGACUGUGUCCAAAAUGUCACAUGUACCCUAAAUAGGAUAUCUCAAAGUUUUUACUUGGGCCUGAAUGUUGUUAGCUGCAUGUAGAGAUUUAACAUGAUAAAAUCCACCUUUUAGAUAAGUAGAUAUGUCACUAAGUUCUCACAAUGCUGCGGUUCCCAUUAGAAAAUGUCAUUAGAAAAUAGUGACAAUUCUCAGCACGUUACGUGACACACAUUUACUCAAAUCCAUAAGGAUAAAUGUGGUUAACACAGUAAACUAACGAUUCAAAAUGUCCAGACAUGCUAGCAUAAGCCUUACACGCCAUAUGACGCGCACACACAUACACACACACAGCAUGUGUGUAACAAGGCAACCGUGCCUUCAGCAGGAAAAGAUCAUCCACCAAAACAAAGGAAACACAAUGAAUGUAAAACUUCUGAUCUCCAUUUGAGGUUUUGACUCACUUACCGCUGCUGCACAAGUGCUAAUAAACCAAAGCAUCACCUUCCUCUGAACAGACACAAGGCACAGCUCUGCUCUGCGUCUGCUACAGUGAAACCACCGGUGGUCCCUACCUGCUGAAAGCACCUGCUUUAAUGAACGCUUCACACUCACCAUGUAAUCUCAUGCCCACUCUUUGCUUACAGUUGCUAAGAUCUUGUACUAUGUUUUAAAAAUGUUUUAUGCACAUUUAUUAUUGUUUUAUUUGACUCUCUUGUUGUUAUGAAUGAAAAAAAAAUUAAAUAAAAACCAAAAUGGAUUUCAGUUGAAAAAUCAAA